GUCCUACAAGCUGAAGAAGAAAAGGCGAAACAAUUCCGGUGCCGAGUCGACAGUGUUGCCCUGACAAAAUGCUUGCCCGGUUGUCACGCGUUGGGCCUGCCUUGACCCGUUUUCGCACAAAUCCAGCGUGUGGGAUUCGGUUCGUAUCGCAAUCUCCACCCUCGGGUGCUGCUGGUUCGGCCACUGUGUCGGAUUUGCAGCCCUCGCAUGCCAAGGAAAGUCAUGGACACGCAGAGGUCAGCGCGUUCGAGAAGGUGAGUUGGUUCUGAAUCGAAACUGAAAUACCCGUCGCUAGCUAGCCAGCUCAUAUCUGGUAUUAUUUACAAUAUUUUUCACAUUCAAUGUAGUUUUUGACAUAACGAUACACAUUCCUUCAGUCAAACAUAGUGGCUAAAUACAUUGCUAUCUGCACUCCGAGGUAGCUAACACUAGCUAGCUAACGUUAACACAUUGUUUACAAUCCAGUGUAUCAUGAAACCAUAAUAAAUCGCUCAAUCUCUACAGAAUCGAGAUUAUCAUGGGUUCUCUCAAGAUCCUGUCGUUGACGAGUGGAACAUGAGGAUGGCCUUCUUCUUUGGCAUCUCUAUGGCGAUUGUGGUUGGGGGUACCUUCAUCCACUACUUGCCAGACCAUGGGUAUGUUUAAGCACACUGCACAUCCCUCUUUGUUACUUGCUGUGGCUUGCUCUUCAUCACUUGCUGGAACAGGUGCACAAAGAGUAAGUGACAACUGAAAAACCGAGCUACAUGAUAGCUUUGACACCAUGCUGUUUUAAAUGCUGUUUGGGAGAAAUAGGCCUACCCACAAGGGCCGAUCUAGGCGUUGCCUUACUGCAAAGUACACUGAACAAAAAUAUAAAUGCAACAUACAACAAUUUCAAAGAUUUUACUGAGAUACAGUUCAUAUAAGGAAAUCAGUCAAUUGAAAUAAAUUCAUUAGGCCCUAAUCUAUGUAAUUCACAUGACUGGGAAUAAAGAUAUGCAUCUGUUGGUCACAGAUAUGUACCUUUUGAAAAAAAGGUAGGGGCGUGGAUCAUAAAACCAGUCGGUAUCUGUUGUGAUCACCAUUUGCCUCAUGCAGUGCAACACAUUUCCUUUGCAUAGAGUUGAUUGUGGCCUGUGGAAUGUUGUCUCACUCCUCUUCAAUGGCUGUGUGAAGUUGCUAGAUAUUGGUGGGAACUGGAACACGCUGUCCAGAGCAUCCCAAAGAUGCUCAAUGGGUGACAUUUCUGGUGAGUAUGCAGGCUAUGGAAGAACUGGGACAUUUUCAGCUUCCAGGAAUUGUGUGCAGAUCCUUGAGUCAUGGGGCCGUGCAUUAUCAUGCUGAAACAUGAUGGCGGCAGAUGAAUGGCACAACAAUGGGCCAGGAUCUCGUCACGGUAUCUCUGUGGAUUCAAAUUGCCAUUGAUAAAAUGCAAUUGUGUUCGUUGUCCGAAGCUUAUGCCUGCCCAUACCAUAACCCCACCGCCACCAUGAGGCACUCUGUUCACAACGUUGACAUCAGCAAACCACUCGCCCACACGACUUAUCCAGAGCGACUUACAGUAGUGAGUGCAUACUUUUUUCUUACUGGUCCCCCAUGGGAAUCGAACCCACAACCCUGCCGUUGCAAGACCAUGCGCUACCAGCUGAGCUACACGGGACAAUAAGCUGUAUUACAAUGGACUGAUGGAACUAUGGAUAGUAGACCAGUCGAUUCCACUUGCACAAGUCAAUGCUGUGUUUCUGGACUCCAAAAAUGACAAAGGUGCAUAUAGAUAUCGGAAUUCAGAUAUGACGUCAUUGUUUUAGCACUAUGUACUGAGUUUUUAAACAAUGGCGCGUGACAUGGUUCAAUACACUGAUAAAUCAGCACAAUCUACUUUUUCGUUUUUUAAAAUUGACGGCAUCUUGGAGCUAAAAUGGUGAUAAUGUAUACUGUGCUAAUGACAAUAAAAAAAAAAAUGGUAACGGAGAUCAAUGUACACUACGGCGAACUUAGCCAACAAGGCAUUUGUGGUACAUGCGUGGGGGCCAACAUUUUUAUGCACCUCCGCUAUUGUUACUGUUGUCUGCACCUCUAAACAAGUAUCCAAGACACACACACAAACACCUCUUAUGUGCUUGAUUGAAUUGAUCAUCACAAACACAAUCAUUGAUCAUUAGUCUUUUUGACCUGUCUUUUUCUAACCAGUAUGAGGCAGUGGGCCAGGAGGGAAGCAGAAAGGUUGAUCACACAGAGAGAGGCUGCAGGUCUUCCUCUUAUGGAGGAGAACUACUAUGACCCAAGCAAGAUUGUGCUACCAGGAGCCGGAGAGGAGUAGGAUGUACUAUAAGGAGCUGUUCACUGAAAAUGUUUUUCUCUUUGACUGUUUAUUUCUCAUCAGUAUAAUGUAAUAAAAAAUGUAUACCACACUAUUGAUCAUUCUUUUGU